AUGACAUCUACUAAUUCAGCAAAUCGUAAAUCAAAACGUGAUGAUCCCAAACGUUCAUCAGCACCUAUUACGGUUGUUGCUGCUAGUGAACAACAAGUUACAAAGACAAAAAAUGCUGUUAAACCAAAUGAAGCUGUUGUAUUAACUCAAACAUCGAAUACAAUUAGUAAUAAGAAACGACGAGCAACUGAAAUUAUUCAAAAUGAAGUACCUUUAGCUGAACGUUUGAAUGCAUUUGAAAAUCAAACAUCAACUGGUCAAUUAAAUACAGAACAAAAACAACAAAGUUUAUCAGCUGAUAGUCUUGUUACAUUACUUACUCAAGGAUUACAAAGUUCUGAUGCAACUUUACUUGAUGUAAGUAGUAAAGAAUUUGAAAAAGGAAAACAAAACGCAAAAGCAAUUCUCAUCUAUUUCUUUUUUAAAUGA